AUUUAUCGAUAGUCGAAAACCUGGUAAUAAAACCGAACAAAUACUCCGAAGGCACAAAGUAACGUAGGGAAUUUUAGGCAAAGACGGACAAAAAUAUAGAAAUUGAAUAUAAUUUCUUUUUUCAUUUUCUUUGAUUAUUUAUAGUUACAAGUAUUUGACAGAUCUAAUCUAGAAAUGCAGUUGAGAAACAACAAAGUAACAAAAUUAUAAAACUAAAGACAAAUGCACUGAUUAAAGGCAUUGCACUUGAUAAAGAAACAUUCCUGUAAUGUAUCAGUUUUUGAGACAUUAUUUAUAUUAUCUGCAUAAACAGAGAGAGAGAGAGAAAAAGAAAUAGAAAUAGAAUUGAUGAACAUUUAGCAAUUGAGCUAUUUCUAAGUCUCUCUUAAAAUCUAAUUAGAAUUUUAAUGGGGAAUAUUUACUUUUAUUUCAGAUUUAUAAUUGUUAACAUUUAUGGUAUUGUUGGUAAUCAAAAUUUGACAAUUAUUGCCGUCGUCUCUCGGUAUAAAACAACUGUUUUUAAUCGACUCAUUCCAUACUGGUUUCUUAAUGUCGAUACCGACACUCAGUGAUUUAUCUUUUCGAAAAGGUCGUUUUGCACUCCAGGUUUAGAAUUACUGAUUUUAAAACAGUUGCACCUCAUUAUUGAACGAGACAUUACAAAUAUAAACAGUAUAAUGCAAUAAUUUUAAUACAUUUUUAAAAUUUAAUUCUUUCUCAGUAAACAAAGUGUUUAUUAAGUUAAUAUAAUUAAUUAAAAUUGAUUAGAAGAGGAUUGAAACAAUCUAAAGUGUAACAAUCUAUUUUUUAAGUAACACUGAUGUAAUGUAUCAUGUAACACAUGUUUUUAUUAUAAAUUUUUGUUGUAUAUUUUGGUUGAUAAAACUCGAAAUCAAUUAAUGUUUGGGUAACGUUUAACGCUAAGUCUGGCACACUACAUACCUCUCUUCUGUAUGGUAUAAAUGUUACUGUACAUACAGAGAAAUAUGUUGUUAAUUUAACCCUGUACAUAAUGUAAACAUACAAUGUAGAUUAUUAUUGUUCAUAUUAAAAGAAAAAAUGAGAACUGCAUCUUCCAAUACAAUCAAAUGUAAAAUUUGUUCUGUAUACAUAUAUAAUUAAUAUAAAUUUACUUUUCUAUUAUUAUAGUAAAAUUAUGUCCUGUAUAGAGAUAUAUCAUUCAUAUUUUAUUUGAUGAUGAUUGAAUUUUUCAAGAUAAAUAAAAAUAUUAUGUAAAAAUUAUGUUCGUUCCUGGAAACGAAUUGUUUCACUUAUUUUUCACAUUUUUCUUCAUUACAGAAACAUUCUACAUGGGGCCCCACGAAGCUAUAGCACACCAUUGCCUAAUGGAUUGGCCAGCCAAAGUCCAGAUAUUAAUCCUAAUGAAAGUGCUUAGGGCUAUAAUUUUUCGGAUUCCAUUCUGAAUCGGCAUGGACAAAGCCUCGGUUAAGGACAUUACGGACGUAAUUGGGCAGUUCGGGCACUGGCAGAGGACCAUAUUUAUCGUGGUGUUUUGUUUGGGCCUCCCCGCCGCUUGGAACCAUUUGAUAAUCGCAUUUUACGCACCCAACGUGGCACACUGGUGCAUUCCUUCCGAAAUUUCCAGCAAUUUCAGCCAGCAAUCGUGGGGAAACGUCACGUGGAGGAGGAGGGAAGGUUGGCAAGAGUGUCGACCCCCCGAAAAUCUGUCUUCAGAAAAGUGCGAUAAAUGGAUGUACGAUCAUUCCUUCUAUUCUGCCACUAUCAUCGAGGAGUGGGAUUUAGUAUGCGACCGAUCGUUUUUGGUAUCCUUAAGUCAGACGAUAUACAUGGCCGGAUAUAUCGCGGGAGCCGUGGUUUUAUCGCAGUUAUCGGAUAGAUAUGGCCGCCGCCCCGUGAUGCUUUCGUCUGUAUUUAUUCUGUUUGUGUCCGGAAUCGUCUGCGCCUUUUCUCCAAAUUUUACGAUUUUUGCCAUCACACGAUUUCUGAUCGCCCUGGGAAGAUGCGGUCUCUACAUAACGGCGUUUGUAUUAUUAAUGGAGACGGUAGGACCAGAUUACAGAACAGUUUUGGGAAUAGCAAGAGAUUUCGGAUGGGCCACGGGAUACAUCAUGAUUCCGGGAAUUGCCUGGUUGAUUCGAAACUGGUUCUACAUGCAGCUGGCCAUAACCAUCCCAGUUUUAGGACUGGUUUCUUUAUGGUGGAUUUUAUCGGAAUCUCCAAGAUGGUUACUAACUCAAGGGAAAUUGGAAGAAGCAGAAACCGUAUUAAAGAAGGCGGCAUUAAUUAAUAAACGUAACGUGGACAACAUUAAAAGUGAUUUAGAAAUGCUCCAGGCUUCGCUUCAACAAAAUUCUACAGAAAAUCGCAAGAAAGCAAACAUUUUCGAUCUUUUAAAAUCGUCAAACUUGAGGAAAAAGACAAUCAUCAUCUGUUUCUGUUGGUACGUAAAUGCGUUCGUAUUCUAUGGCCUUUCUCUAAAUACCAACGAAAUCGGAGGGAAUCCAUUUUUGAGUUUCUUCAUAUUUGGAGCGGUCGAAUUCCCCGCGUACAUCGUUAGCAUAUUUGUUGUUAAAUAUUAUGGGAGGAGGCUGCCUCUUAUGUCUACAAUGGUACUUGGAGGUCUCGCUUGUAUCGCUACUAUAGCUGUACCAGAAGAUCUAUUAUGGUUGAGAAUGACACUUUCCAUGCUGGGAAAGUUUUGCAUCACCUCGUCUUACAUCAUAGUUUAUAUCUUUUCGGCCGAGAUAUUUCCAACUGUGGUACGUAACGUUGGAGUCGGUACCAGUUCCACUUUCGCAAGAAUAGGUUCUGCAAUUGCGCCAUUUGUUAAAGAAUUGGGACAAGUCACUCACCUUGGUGUUACUUUCGGGCUUUUUGGCGGUUUGGCCAUUGUUAGUGGAUUAUUAGCGCUUUGUCUUCCCGAAACAAACAAAAUCGUCUUACCGGAUACGUUAGAACAAGGAGAACAAUUUGGAAAGAAAAUUCGCAAAAUUCCGUCCGAGCACGAGCUUGAAAAAUUUUAAGACUUUUAAUUCAGCUCAGCGAAUUAUAAAAGAGCAAAUAUAGGUAAUAAUAAAGGCAACACACAAUUCAUUUUCGACUAUCAACUUUCUCUUUAGGUAUUUACAAAUUGUGGUAAAUAGCUGAAAAUUCAGUAAAAUUAUUUGUAAUAAACUCCCUGAAAAUACUAACGCUACAUUUGUAUCCUUAAGAAAACAAGGAAAUUACCAGAGACAAUUUAAUAUAAAUACCAAUAAAAUUAUAUUUUAAACUGAAGACCCGAUGAAAAUUUGAGAUUAUUUCUAGACUUUUACCUUAUCAUUAUCAAUAAGUGAAGAUGAAGAAUAAAACUGACAUGCAAAUAGGAUUAUCAUUAUUACUUCUAAUAUCCAGCGAGUUGCUUAACUUUCCCAGCAACAGUUAGUGGUGCCGUCUGUUAUCGUAUUUUAUUAAAAAAAAAACUUAGGUAUUAAAGGUAAUUUUGAGGGUAGGGAUGGGUUUUAUGAAAAGUUGUAAAUGCUAAUAACGAGUAAAAUUGUCAUUAAGUCCGAUCCUACAGGGGACACACACGACCGUUUAUCUCCCCACUAAAUUAAAGAAACUAAAAGAAAAAUGCUCUCUCGCUCCCGAUUUCAAGUCAAAAUGGAUCCUGGUGUGGAUGAUUCGGGCAUUCGAUGAAUUAAAACUAUCAAAAUAGAGUACUUUCCCGAAAAGCUGCGCGCUGUUCACUUAAAUUUUUGCUUUGCAAAAUAUUUAAUCUCCAAUUUCAUUUUGCAUUCCUUGCCUUGUAUCCAAAUAUAAGGAAUUGACUGCAUUUAAGAAGCAAUUGAAGAAGACGGAGAUUAAAAUUUUACGUUAAUGAUUACUUAGAUAGCCCU